CCGUGCGCCAAUGGGCGGGCGGUGCGGGCGCGGUGCGGCGGUGCUGGCGGCGGGGCGAUGAGAGCGGCGUUGCGGACAGGAUGGCGGAUCGGGGCCGCCGCCGCUCUGCGGGGCCGGGCCGGGCGCCCGCUCAGCCAGGCGGCCGGGGAGGGCGGCGAGGCUGAGGGCGGCGGCGGCUCGGGGUCGCGGGAGGCGGUGGAGCGGCUGGUGCGGGAGCACCCGGUGGUGGUGUUCAUGAAGGGCAGCCCGGCGCAGCCUCUCUGCGGCUUCAGCAACGCCGUGGUGCAGAUCCUGCGGCUGCACGGCGUGGAGGAUUACCGCGCUCACGACGUGCUGCAGGACCCCGACCUCCGCCAAGGAAUAAAAAACUACUCCAACUGGCCUACCAUCCCACAAGUGUACCUCAAUGGUGAAUUUGUUGGUGGCUGUGACAUACUCCUGCAGAUGCAUCAGAAUGGAGAUCUUGUAGAAGAGCUGAAGAAACUAGGAAUCCGCUCAGCGCUUCUGGAUGCAGAAAAAGACCAAGAGAAAAAGUAAAAUGAGCAAAAAAAAAAUGCUGUGACAGGAAUAAAGCAAAUCUUCGAUAAGAACUUGUUACCCAUAAAGCCUUACAUACUUUAGGUCGAGAAAGGCAUCUGUUUGAAGUGACACUAAGUGAAUGUCUCUUAGCUCAUGGUAAAUGUAGUGAUCUUGGUAUUUUGAUUUAUGGGUAUUGUGAAAAUUCGAGUAUAACCACUGCACUGUAAAGCAAAUGUUUGUGAAAAUUUGUGUUUAAAAAAGUUCACUUCUAAAAGCGCUCUUCUUCAUUGAGGUGGGAGUAAACCAAAAGAACUAAUAAUAUUUUUAUGGAUUUUAUGUGUGUGAUUCUCUGUUCUUUGAUACAUGAACUUACACAAACAGCAUUUGCAUUCCCUUGCUUCUCUUGAAAAAGUGUUAAGUAAUAGUGCAUCUGUUUUUCUGUUUAACUCCUGGUGAUAAGACUUGUGAGAGCCUGUAAAAACUGUAAUCACAUACAAUAUAGGAGAAAAACAGUUUUCCAACAAUAUAGGAGAAAAAAGACUAUAUGAGAGUGCAUGAACUAUACUUUUAUUCCAAAGGGUAAAAAUAAACAGAGCUUGUACAAAUACA